CUAUCAAUACUAUUGAGCCAACUGUAUCAUUAGUUGCUAUUGAUGAACAUGUAGACAUUUAUAAAUUUUGUUUGAUUUUGUUUUCUUACUUCAUCAUCAAAUAUGGUUCAACAAAUGGUACAACAAUUUGGCUCCAUGUCGGUCCAGAAUAAUUGGUCUUCAUUAUGGGGUCAAGAAGGAGUCAAUUUAUUAGCAGAUCGUAAUAUUAAAACUAAAACGGUUGAUAUUGUACCUGGACAGGAUACUCGUGAUUGUAACAGAAAUGUUAUGAGAUCAACAUUACAAAAGGUGCCAGAAACCGCAUCUUUAUUGCAAAAAUCACGAUUACCAUUUGGUCUUUUAAUCCAUCCUUUUUGUGAUUAUGAGAAUAUCCCGAUUAUCCAGGAUCGAACUAUUGUUCGUUGUCGAAAUUGCCGAACUUACUUGAAUCCAUUUGUUCGUCUGUUGGAUCAAAGAAGAUGGCAAUGUAACAUUUGUCACCGUGUUAAUGAUUUGCCCGAUGAUUUUUUAGUAGAUCCGGUUACUCAUAAAUUAAUAAAUUACCCUCUAGACCAGCCUGAAUUGUCUCAUGCUACCGUUGAAUUUGUUGCAUCUGUUGAAUAUAUGGUUAGACCACCGCAACCUGCAGCCUAUUUGUUUGUUUUUGAUUGUUCUGCACACGCAUUCCAUCUUGGAUAUCUUCCAGUCAUGGCAGAUACCAUAUAUUCUUGCUUAAAUUCGAUACCGGGAGACACUAGAACUAUGAUAGGUUUCAUUGGGUUUGACUCUCGAAUUCAUUUCUUUAAUUUAGGAGACAAGAAGCCCCAACAUAUGAUUAUGCCGGAUAUCAAAGAUGUAUUCAUACCUUCUCCUGAGAGCCUUUUAGUCAAUCUACACUCCAAACGUCCAGUCAUUGAACAUUUCCUUUAUAAAACUUUGAAAGAACUAUUUAACCAUGAUGGUGUCUCUCAGCCUGUGGCAGUUGAUUCCGGGUCAGCAAUGGGUUCUGCUUUGUCUGCAGCUUAUGAAGUAAUCUCUUCAAUCGGUGGUCGUAUAACGGUAAUUCAAGCAACUUUACCUAGUUUAGGACCAGAUGGAUCCGUAUUAGCUAAUCGAGAAGAUCCUAAUAAUCGUGCAUCUAAUAGUAGUAAUACAGCUCAAUUGACUCCAUUAUUAAACCCAGCAACCGAUUUUUAUAAAAAAUUAGCUCUAGAUUGCUCUGAACAUCACGUAGCCGUUGAUCUGUUUAACUUGAGUCCGACCUUUUCUGAUCUUGCAACAGUCGGACAGGUAGCUAAAGUUAGUGGAGGAUCAGUCUUCUAUUAUGGAGCAACUGGAGCUAAUAUGGCCACAAAUCCUGGACGUGUUUUAGCCCGAUUCUCUACUGAUUUAGUACAUUAUUUAUGUAGAAACAUUGGUUUUGAAGCAGUCAUGAGAUUACGUUGCACUAAGGGAUUGAGUAUACAUACGUUUCAUGGCAACUUCUUUGUGCGAUCAACAGAUUUAAUAUCAUUACCUAAUUGUAACCCAGAUAACGGUUAUGCCAUGCAAAUAUCAAUAGAUGAAGAUUUUAAAGAUUUUAAUUCAGUUUGCUUUCAAGCGGCUGUUCUUUACACCAACCCAGCUGGUGAAAGACGAAUACGAGUGCACACUCUUAACCUGCCAAUAGUUUCUACUCUUAGUGAUGUUAUCAAUUUUGCUGAUCAAGAAGCUAUCACUGCCAUGUUGUGCAAAAUGGCUGUUGAUCGUAGCAUGAGCUCAAAUAUUUCUGACGCUCGAGAAGCAAUGAUUAACGCGAUUUUGGAUCUUCUAUCAACAUAUCGAAAUGUUGCUCCUUACGAAGCAUCUUAUGGCCUUACAACAUCAUAUUCAACUCGAUUAUUACCUCUUUACAUUUCAGCUCUUCUAAAACAUACGGCCUUCAGAGUAGGUAUUUCAACCAAGAUUGAUGAAAGAGUUUAUGCCAUGGAAAGGUUGAAAUCUUUGCCAAUCUGUCAUAUUACAACGUAUAUUUAUCCAGAUCUGUAUCCAGUUCAUACUGAAUUCAAUCCAUUUGCUGGAGAAUACCCUAAACCGGUUCAACUUUCAUUUGCCAAUGUAGACAGAAACGGAGUUUAUUUAUUGGAUACUUAUGAGUGUAUUUACCUUUAUAUUUGUAAAUCUGUUAAUCAUCAAUGGUUAUCUGAUGUUUUUGGUGUUACUCAAUGGGCCAAAAUACCCGAUGAUGGAGACUAUUACAGUGACGGAGGCGAUCCUAAAGUUAGUAAAACAUCAAGAUAUUCAACUCAUCACAAUCUACACAAUGAUUCGUCCAAUAGACUCCCAGCAACACCAACAUCUGUUACACCUUUACCUAGGCUUGAUAAUCCAACGUCUAUGCGACUAAACGCUUUCAUAGAUUAUCUUAUGUCCAGCCGACCAUUGAUGCCUCAUUUCUUCCUAUUAAGGGAGGAUAGUCGUUUAAGGUACUCAUUCCUUCAGUAUAUGUACGAUGAUAGGAGUGAAUCAGCGUUUAGUUAUUAUGAAUUCUUACAACAUCUACAAUCACAAUUAAAAGGAUAAACGAAUUAAUAAUUAAAUCCAAUUAAUCCAUAAUUUGAUCAAAACUAGAAGAAACAAAUAAAUAAUUGAUUUAGUUGAAAAGUUGGAUAACAAUUGAACCAAAUUGGAAUUGAAAUUGAUCACAUUUUGGAAAGCUUCACUUUUUUUCCUACUUUGAUUGCAAUAAUUUUUUCUAAUUGAUUUUUUUCAAAAUUUUAUUUUAAGUUAUAUUGAUAAUUGAAAAUCUUGAAUGCGAAUUUUUAAGGCACAGCGAUCUUGUAAAACAAUUGAAAUGGUAUUCAGAGGAUAAAUAUUUAUUAAUCAACUUGGCUAAUCAACAUAAACAUGACCAUUGAAAACAAGUUAAUUUUAAAGUCAUCAAUUUUAUCAAAUACUGUUAAUAAUCUUUUUUUUAAAGCUCUCUAUUUUUGAGCUCUAAUUGAUAAAGCAAAUUGUUCUU